AUGGAAAGCUUAAAGAUUGACGAUUCGAAUACGGAUAAUGAAGUAUUUACAAAACAGAACGGGAAGAAAGACCAGGCAGUAACGAAACCUAUCGCAAUAGAUAGCACUACUGGUGAAGUUGUAGUAAGGAAGUCGACCGGCAAGGCCAAAAUACGUAAAGGGCAAUCAGAAGAAGAGUACCAAAACCAAUUAGACCAUUAUUUUAAUGUGGAGAAAGGUCCCACUAUCACUGAAGAUAAUUGGAUGGACUCAAUAGACCCUCUGGAUAUGCUUAACGAUAAUAUAGAAAAUGACCUGUCAAUAAAAAAUGUAAGACAUAAAUUGACAAGUUUUUGCGAAAGAUACUACUACUACAAAAGAUACCAAGAAUGUUAUAAUCUAGCAAUUAAACUGCGUGAAAAAUACCAAGCCAUCAACAAGAAGAAUAAAAUGGACAGAGAGAUAGAAGGCUUGGAUUAUUUAAUAGACAAAUGCAUACUUAAAGGAGAUAUUAGCUAG